GCUCAUUCAUUGGCUUUCUUUCAAUUAAAUGAGAUCUCACCCAUAUCUCCGACGACUACAACUACUUCACCAAUCACACACAACUCUCCCAUCUCUCUCUAGUCUCUUUCGCACUUCAAACUAGUCACUGUCUCUGCAUAAUCAUUAUUUUCCAGACGAACCUCUAUCCCAUCCCCAAAGGUUCGUCCUUUUUUGCUCUGAUUUCUUCAAAAUUCUUUCGUUUGUUUCUCUUUCUGAAUCUUUACCACUCUCGUAUAGUCUCUGUGUGUGUGGUCUUAUCUUUGCUUGGAUCGUUCUCUGCUCUGAUUGCUGACGAGUCCAUACAUCAUCAUUGACCAAGAUUCCAAGAGAUUUUUUAAUUCAAAAUUAAGAAACUUGUGUGAAAGCUCUUUGGUUUUGACCAAGUGUGUUGGUGAAGCAUUUACAUUGGGGGGAGUCUUUCUGUCUUAUAUCACUCUGCGAUCAGAUUCAUUCAUUCCGUGUGCUUUUGCAUUGACCAAAUGGGAGGUUGUGUGUCCAAGAGCAAUGAAGAGCCAAUGUACCGUCCCUGUCUCGGGAUGGGAUGUUGUGGGAGUAAAAUGGGGAGGAGAACCUCUUCAGGCCGAAUCGUUUCGCUUAACAACCUGGUCUCUAUUCCCAACCGGAUCACCAGCAACGGGAAGAGCAAGAGCUCUUGCAUUUUCACUCAGCAGGGACGCAAGGGAGUUAAUCAGGACUCAAUGAUCGUGUGGGAAGAUUUUAUGUCUAAAGAUGUGACGUUUUGCGGCGUUUUUGAUGGACACGGUCCUCAUGGCCAUCUUGUGUCUCGUAAAGUGAGAGAAUCGUUGCCUGUGAGGAUACUCUCUUUCCUUCAGUCGAAGCCAAGCAAAUCAGAUAGCCAAGAAGCUGACAAGGAGGAAGAAGAGGAAGAAGCUAGCGAGGAGGAUAAGUUGAAGCUCUUAUGGGAAGAAGCUUUCUUGAAAGCUUUCAGUGCUAUGGAUAAGGAGCUGCGUUCCCAUCCUAAUGUGGAGUGCUUCUGCAGCGGCAGCACUGCUGUUACAGUCAUUAAACAGGUGAUUUUGAUGACAACAAAAGAUCUUUUUGUUUCUAAGGAUUGGUUUUUGAUGUGUUUUGAUGUGUUUCAGGGGUCAAACCUAUUCAUGGGAAACAUUGGAGACUCUCGGGCAAUACUUGGAUCCAAAGACAGCAAUGACUCAUUGGUUGCAACUCAGCUAACAGUCGACUUGAAGCCUGACUUACCAAGGGAAGCAGAGAGGAUCAAACAAUGUAAAGGACGAGUGUUUGCGUUGGAAGACGAGCCAGAGGUGCCACGAGUCUGGCUACCAUACGAUAACGCUCCUGGACUAGCCAUGGCUAGGGCGUUUGGUGACUUCUGUCUCAAAGACUACGGUGUGAUUUCGGUUCCCGAGUUCUCUCACCGUGUUCUCACGGAUAGAGAUCAGUUCAUUGUCUUGGCCUCAGAUGGAGUAUGGGAUGUGCUAAGCAACGAAGAAGUGGUUGAAGUGGUGGCGUCAGCUCCAAGGCGAGCGUCAGCAGCUAGGCUAGUGGUGGAUGCAGCUGCACGGGAGUGGAAACUGAAGUACCCGACUUCGAAAAUGGACGACUGUGCGGUUGUGUGUUUGUUUCUAGACGAGAAGAUGGACUCGGAUCCAUCAGACUACGAAGAGCAAGGUUACUACUCGUCAGCAACGAACGCGGUAGAGGAAUCAGAUGAAAGCCAGGUGAAUGCAGAACCGUGUCUUCAGAGAAACGUCACAGUAAGGGCAUCAACAGAGAAGGAGAAAAAGAGUGAAGGUGAACAGAACUGGUCGGGACUAGAAGGUGUUACUCGAGUGAACUCACUUGUUCAGCUUCCGAGAUUCUCUGGAGAAGAAACUAAGACUUGAGAGAUACAUGAGUUUUCAUUGUUCUUCACGAAUUAAUUUUGCUGGUUGAAUCUUAUGCCUAAUCAAUCCAUAAAGUGUAAAUGUCUUUAGGU